AUGCUUAUCGGUCUUGUAAACGAUGCGGAUGCCAGGGCUCUUAUCACGGUAGGUAUCCACCAUCACGGCAGGGGACAUGAGACUGGAGAGAGUGAGGACGAGUAUUCAGUCUUACUUUACUCCGUUAAUCACCACACAUGCCUCUGAUUCAACCAUUUUGUCCGGUCCAGCGUCAUCAUUCCGUCGUAGAGGCGACGCAUCAUGUGUCCUAAUCGCUCAGAACAAUAGGACUUCUGCGUGAUUUUCCAGAGUCCAUCGCGAUUCACCGUGUCGAAGGCCUUCAGUAGAUCCAGGAAGGCUGUGCAGAGGUGGAUCUGUAUUUCCAGCAUGUCCCCUGCAGCUUGUCGGCGGCAAUGACUAUGUCAAUGGCUCCUCGUGGUGGAUGCGCUGGACCAACGCGGGAGCCAGAUGCAUGCGUUAUCGAGAAUGCGCACCCAAAAUAAAUGUCAACACAAGGGCAUGAGACAGGCUAGGUUGCAAGCCCACGUCGCGCCAUUUGGGAUCCGUGCCGUCCUCCACUUUCUGUUGUUUCUUAAAAACUUGACCAAAGUGCAUAGUGAGCCAGGGAGCGUGGUUAUACGCUUAGGUGCGGGUUUUUGCCGCAUCAAUACCCCGCGGCCUCCCCCGCCUCCAGUCUUCUUGACUCUGUCUUGACGUCGGGCACAGGUGGGGGAGGAGGAGAAAGUGCGAUAGAUGCUGCGUAAAUUUACUGUCGUUAUGAACUUAUUCACACGCAAGUCACCGUCCCUGAUGUCAUCCUGUUGUGAAGCACGCUAUAGGCAUCGUCGAAACCAACGGUCGAAAUGUCAGUUCCACGAUGUCGUCGGAAACCAUACCAUCAUUUCGGUAAUAGUCCAAGAUAACUGCGCAUGCCGGAGUCAAGACAAGCCGAGAAUUGGCCGUAGCCUAUACCUCAGAUCAGAACUUAAUCAAUCGAUGUGUCGAUAUGGAGUUGACACACAGAACCCUGUGCAGCCAGCUUCACACCUGAGUUGGUGAGCGCUGAUAAAUGUCUCUUGUUCGGUUGUUGCUUUUACAUCUGACGAUGGCCUCCGACAUCAUUUCUAACAUUAAGACAAAUAAAAAAUUUAUUAUAAUACUCGACCAGAGUUUUUCUUUCUUAUCCAUAAAAGCACCUGGAAUUUGGUCAUUUGCCUUAAUUCAUAUUAUGUUUGUUUUUUGGUGAGAAUAUCAGGCCAAUGCAAACGAUGAAAAUACCUCCUGUGGACAUUUCACAAAGUGGCAACGCUUAAAUUUCUCUCCGUCUUCUGUGUUCCGGUUUCCACCUCUUUUUGUAGUUAGGCCCCGAGUUGGGAAGCCGAAAUAGGGUUCCAAAUACAUUCAAUCACAAAGCGGUAUGGGCGCGCCAAGAAUACACAUCCAGGUGACACUUGUGGAGGAGGCGACAACUUCCACCUUCAUGGGGAUGCGCUACCGCUCAUUUAGCUGCCAAUGGUGUCAGCAUAGAUACGAAACCUUGACUUUGGUAAGUUUGGCCUCUAAGGUGGUCUGCGUUUCAGAAGGAAGUAAAAAUGGCUCAUAGCCACGUGAGCCAAUAACUACUGCCAUGCAUUCGCGUGACGGUGCGACAUAGACGUAGGUCCUUGCAUCGCGUCAUUCACUGCGUCCAAGUUAUCGGCAGUUGACAAAGACUCAGUGAGUCGAUUGGGGAGUCGGAGAGUAGAAGAAGAAGAAGAAGAAGAAGAAGGGGGGGAGGAGGAGGAGGAGGAGGACGACGACGACGACGACGAGGAGGACGAGGACGACGAGGACGACGAGGCGGGCGAGGAGGAAAGGGAUUUCGGUGCUGGGGACUUCAUUUUCAUGACACAUUAUCACUUUCCUCACUAUGAUAAAGUUUACGAGCCUUAA